GAGAGUGAAGGGAAGAUGCGCUGCUCCUCUCCACCUCCCACACCCAUAACCGGUCAUUCUAAUACGUACAGGUUAAUACAUGGAUAUAUAGUGCUAAGGAUAAACUGUAACAAAGGGUCCGGAUGGUAUAUAAACUCGUCCGUAGAUCAUCUUCUCAGUUCGCUUUGCGUCUUCGCUCAUAACAGCAAUAUGAAUUAUCGUCAGUUAACGAAAGUGCUAUUGCUGCUAUCGUGUUUUACAAGUCAUGCAUUUGCUGGAUUGCUACCGGGUGGUGGUACCGGUGGAAGUGGUUAUCAAUACAACAGACCAGGUGGAACUGGAUUUGGAGGAGUUCCAGGGGGAUUCACUGGAGGAGAUUUAGGAAGGGGUAGUGACUUUGGAGGUGGAUUCAAAAGACCCACUGCAUUAUAUGGAGCACCAGGUGGUGGUGAUAUUGGAUUUGGUGGACGUCCGUCUACUGCUUAUGGCACUCCUGGACAAUUUGGUGGUGGUAGUGGUGGUGGUGGUGGAAGUUAUCAGGAUGCUGGUUAUGGUCAGGAUAAUGGAAGACCUCAACCAUAUAGCUUCCAAUAUGAAGUGUAUGAUCCCCCUAGUGGCAAUGACUACUCUCAACGUGAGAGUAGCGAUGGAAACAUAGUACAAGGAGAAUAUAGAGUGUUAUUACCAGAUUCGAGGACGCAAAUCGUGAAGUACAUGGCUGAUGAUGCAAAUGGUUACACUGCUGAUGUUCAAUAUGAAGGACAGGCACAAUUUUCUCGAGGAGGUAUUGGAUCUGGAGCUUAUGGGACACCUGGUCAGACAGGAGCAGGAGGAUAUCAAGGAGAUGCUGGCGUAUUUGGUGGAACUAGUGGACAAUUUGGCGGACCUACAGCUAGCAAUCAGUAUCUACCACCACGUAACAAUUAUCGGAAAUAAUCAACUAUAUCAUGCAUUGUCAUAAUAUAAAAAAAUACCUGACAAAUCUCCCGAAUGCUGGGCGACAACCGUCACGGACCUCUCUUAUUUUUAUAGCUUUUUUUUAUUUUUUAAUUUUUUUUUAUUUCUUAAUAAACCAUUCAAUAUAUUUACACCACUCACAAGUCACAUGCACAUUUUUAUAUAUAAUCACUUCACUGGUAUUUAAUGAUAUAUAAUAUGAUAUAUAUAUAUAUAUCAAUUAAGAUAAUUUAAUAAUUUUUUUCUUUUUUAAGCGCACGAAGUUUGUAUACGCGUGUAGUUAUAUAUACAUUUACACUUUUGUAUAUGGUAAUUUUAUUCUGGUAAUUCUGUUAUCAAACAUAUACGCUUGUACUUUCUGCUAAGCGAUCGUCAAACUUAUACAUAUGUUUUUGUAUAUGUAUUUAUAUACGAGCUUAAUGUAAUACACGAAUGAAAAUACUUUCUUUAUUUAA